AUGGGGUACUUGUUUAGCAUCGAGACACUAAGAGUAAAUAACAAUGGAUUUGUGGGAGAGUUGCCUUCACAGUUCAAGAAUUGCAGAGACUUGACACUUUUUAAUCUUGCGGAAAAUAAAUUAUCGGGAUCAAUACCUGAAUGUUUGACUGCUUUGGUUCGAAAAGGAAGUUCAAGUCAAACUAUCAGACAUGACUAUAUGGGUGAUUCUGCACGAAUAACUUUUUAUGAGGUUUAUGAUGAUGAAGCAUCUUUAAUAUGGAAAGGAUUGAGAGCUGAAUUUAAAAGUAAUCUAGGACAUCUAAAGACUAUUGAUCUCUCAUGCAAUAAGUUGAUUGGAGAGAGUCCUAGUGAAAUCACUUAUCUUCUUGGUUUGAUUUCCUUAAACCUGUCAAGAAACCAAUUAACAGGUCAAAUACCUUCAACGAUUGGAAAUUUGCAGGAGUUAGAGUCUCUUGAUUUAUCAAGAAAUCAGAUAAAUGGCAGAAUUCCAACAAGUCUUUCUCGGAUAGCUAGUCUUGGCACUCAGCUCCAAAGCUUUGACUAUGCUUAUGGUGGAAAUCCUCUGCUUUGUGGAGCACCACUCCCAAAGACAUGCUCUGAGGAGGAAAAAGGUCCAGGACAACCUGUGUUGGUGAACCAAGACAGCCAGGAUGGGCUCAUAACACAAGGAUAUUACAUCAGCAUGGGGCUUGGGCAAGGAAAGGAAGCCGGUAACCAUGCGGAUUGGGAGGACCUAGACGAGCUUGCUAGAGGAUCCAUUGAACAACAUCUGACAGACGAGGUGUUGUGUAAUGCGAUGAAAGACAUUGCGAAGCAGACAUGGGAGAAACUCGAAGAGAUGUUUGCUGCCAAAUCGUUGUCCAACAAGCUUUUCUUGAAGAAGGAGUUUCACUCUCUAAAGAUGGAGGAGGGCAAAAGCAUGAUGGAGCACGUGAGCGCCUUUAAUAGGUGUAUUGCUGACUUGUAG